CUCCACUAUAUAAAAGAGGCUGUACGAUUGCCGUCGCGACACUUGCUGCUCCGCUGGUUCGGCCCGGGAGUACAUCACAACCAUGAACGCACUACUGGUACUAACGGUUGCUUUCGGCGCAGUCUCAGCGGAUAUAGGACUGGGCUAUCAGUAUAAAGUGCCUCACACCUCAUACGGUGUUCCUUCUUACCAAGUAGGUAGUAAUUACAACACCGGCUCAUCUGGCGUUAGUGGAUCAAACGGAUACCUUUACAAAGGACAAUCCGGAUACCAAGGCCUUUCAGCUGGACAGCAAAAUGCUGGUUACCAAGGAGGAUAUACUGGUCUCCAGAGUGGAGUAGCCACUGGCACUGGUUACCAAACGGCGGGUGGUGGCUACCAAACUACAGGUUCGGGAAGUCAAUAUUAUACAUCGCCCAACACCGCCAGUUCUGGUGUUGUCUCUAAUACUUUUCAACAGCCUAACUAUGUAUCAGGAUUGAACGGUGGGCAAAGUGGAUACCAAACAUAUAAUCAAUACCAAACUCAAUACCAACAUAAAUAUCAACAACAAUAUCAAAUUCAACAACAGCCUGCUCAAGUGUUUAAACAUUACUAUGUUCAUGCUGCUCCUGAAGAACCUGAGGCAGCCAAACCACGCAAUCCAAUUGUUUUACCUGCUCCACAAAAGCAUUAUAAAAUAAUCUUCAUCAAGACACCUGCACAAGCCGCAGUUGCACCUCAAUAUAUACCAGUGCAACAGCAAAACGAGGAAAAAACCAUAGUUUACGUUCUCGUGAAGAAUCCCGAAGAUUACAAAGAUAUUGUGGUACCCAAAGUAGAACAAAAGCCUCCAUCUAAGCCGGAAGUAUACUUCAUUAAAUACAAUAGCAAAGAGGACUCUCAGUCAGUCAUUAACAAUAUUGUUAAUGAUUACAACCAAAAAGGACAGUCUGCAAGUUUCAGCAAUGCCGGGGGUGAAGCUUCAACUGGAUCUUUUACUGGUCAAUCUGCACUUGGUUCAGGAGUAUCUUCCGCAGGUUCAGGCUCAAGUUUAGUCACAGGAGUUUCAUCGACAGGAGCUUUCAGUGAACAAACAAGUGCAGGAGCUGGGCAAAUCGCAUCUACACAAACUGAGAGUCAGCUGUUAGCAAAUUUUGGAUCAUCUUUUGGACAAACAGGUCAGAGUCAAGAACAAAAUCUACAAUCUGACAUUAGCUCUGUUUUUGGUAGUGGAACGAGUGGAGCAGUUAGUUUAUCCGCAGUAGAGACAAAUGAUCAGGGUGCUUCUAGUGCUUUUUCUUCGUCUACUGCUAAUUACGAUAGCGCAAAUACGAUUUCGGCUAGUCAAGGCGUACCUCACGAAACAUAUGGUGUCCCUAAAUUCAAAGUAAAAUAGUUUAUUUAGAAUUUAUAAGGUAAACACAAUGCUAAAGACUUUUUCAUAUAAAAAUUACAUUUGUUAAUUCUAUAAAUAUGAAGAGCUUAUUUCUAAAGUAAAAUAAACCAUUUUAAAUUUAAUAAUUACGUUUUUUCUUUCCCUUUGUAGAAUACGAUUAAC